AUGUCUGUACAUUCAACUAUUGAUAUUAGUCUAUUAUGCAAGCAUAUUAAAGAUAAAAAUCAGCCAAAGAAUUGUAUCUUACUUACAACUGGUUCUUUAAAUCCUAUUCAUCGUUCACAUAUUAAUAAUUUAAUACAAACAAAAUCAUAUUUAGAAAAUCUAGAUUAUAAUGUUCUAUGUGGUUAUCUCUCACCCACUCAUGAAAAUUAUGUUCGAAAUAAAUUAGGCCAUUUAUAUAUAAAGUCCAACGAUCGUUUAAAAAUGUGUCAAGAAGCCAUAAGAGAAUCACAACAGGACGACUGGUUAUGUGUUGAUCAAGAUGAAAUUAAUGCCGAUGAUUUUAUUGAUUUUCCUGAAGUUUGUGAACUAUUUCAUGAACGUUUAAAUAAUUUAGUUGUUAAAGAAAAAAAAUUAUUAGUAAAACAAAUACGUGUAAUCUAUGUUUGUGGUUUGGAUCAUUUUAAUAAAUGUUCGAGUGUUAGAGGAUUGGCGAAAGAUCACUUAGGUGUUGCUGUCAUCUACCGGCCCGGUUAUAAUGAGCACAUGAUAAAGCAUGUUCUAGAAAAUAGCAAAAAUAUAUUUUACAUACCAUUUACCGACGAAGAACGACAUGAGCUGAAAGAUAUUAGCUCAACUUUGAUUAGAAAUAAUUAUUCAACAAAUCAAUCUUGUGAUAGCUUGACAUAUCCAUCGGUCAUAGAACAUUUAAACAAAAUAUUAUCCAAACAUGGUGCUGAAAAUGAAACUCAUAUCGGUCUAUCUUAA